UCUAACGAGUCUGAAGGAAACGACACUGUUCUGUUGACACAAAUCUCUUGAAACCAUAUAGUCAACAGCACCGACGGUCUGAGCUUCAGAAAUCUCUUUGGGUGGCAGAAUGGAUUAUUCAGAUGAUCUUCUGGACUAUAACUAUAGUUAUGAGUUCAAUUACUCUUUUCACGAGGAGACCGUUUGCAAGCACGAACCGACGUGUUUGAAUGAACCCUUGUGUGUAAUUUUAGUUGUGGUCAUCGCGGCCAUUUUUCUGCUGGGCUUCUGUGGAAACGCUCUGGUCAUCUGGAUUUCUGGCUUCAAGAUGAAGAAGACCGUCAACACCACCUGGUACAUGAGCCUCGCCGUCUCCGACUUCGUCUUCUGCGCCUUCCUCCCGUUCACCAUCGCCAACAUGGCGAUGGAGGAGUGGAUCUUUGGCCGCUUGAUGUGCAAGUUCGCCUCCUCAGUCAUGUUCCUCAAUAUGUUCAGCAGCAUCUUCCUCCUGGUCGUCAUCAGCAUCGACCGCUGCGUGUCGGUCCUGUUUCCGGUCUGGGCUCAGAACCACCGCACUGUUAAGAAGGCGUCCGUCGUAGUGUUAAUUUGCUGGCUCCUCGCCAUCGCCAUGAGCUUACCCUCCGCCGUCUUUCGCGAGGUUAGCACCCACGUGGGGAGAACCAUUUGCUACAAUAAUUACACCUCGUACCAACACGGUCACGAGAUUGUGGCGCUGAGCCGCUUUCUCGUUGGGUUUAUCGUCCCGUUCGUUGUCAUCCUCGUCUGCUACUCGAUCAUCGUUCUCAAACUGCGAAGCAACCGCGUGAUCAAAUCCUCCAAACCCUUCAAAGUCAUGUCUGCACUCGUCGCUGCUUUUUUCCUCUGCUGGCUGCCCUACCACGUGUCCAUCCUCCUCGAGCUCAACCAUCAAAACUACGACCACCGCAUUUUAAUCGUGGGACUCAAAUUGGGCUUCUCUACGGCUGCAGCCAACAGCAUCCUCAACCCGGUGUUGUAUGUUUUCAUGGGCAAUGACUUCAAGCAGAAGUUCAAGAGCUCCAUGCUCUCAAAGAUGGAGAACGCAAUGGCAGAGGAAGGCCGCACCACCAGCCGAUACCUGUCCAGGACGAGCUCCAUGGAUGGCCGAGCUUCCACACACAUCUAGACCCAAACUGUUUCACUCAUUAGAAAUGCUGUUUUCUGAAAUGUAAUUACCCCACAGCAUAUAAAAUAUAGAUUCUCUGUGCUAAUGAGCAUUUUUGUUGCACUUUUCCUCUGUUGGCAGCAUCGAGAAAGCAGUUGCCAAUGGAGGCUCGCAAUACAUUAUGCAGUGGAAUAAUCUGCGAGUUUGAGCCAAUAUCUAAAUAUGUAUUUUACUCAUUGUGCUGUGCAGGGACAACAUUAAUCCCAUUCAGCAGAAGGAACGUUUGCAGAGCAUGUUUUUGGAGAGUUAUGCAGGCAGUUUCAACUGCAGCAUUAAGAGGAAUCUGUAAAAUAUGAGGGAUAAUUUCUUAUAAGUGUAUCAUUAUAUAAAGCGUGGGCUGAAAUUGUAUGAUGCUUAAAGGAGCAUUCAGUGUGAUACUUUUACAACCAAUUUUCAUGUAUUUUUUUCCAUCCUGAAUUGUGGCAGUAGAUCAACUAUAAUUGCACAUUUGGGAGUCUCGGAGCUCUUGUCUGCUCUUACAUGUUUUUUUUUUUUUUUACAGUGUGCGCGUUUGCGUACGUGCUUGCGCGCGCAAAAAUGUGGUGAAAAGGGCUCCAGUCUUUUUGCAGGAAAUCUUUGCUGAUCAAUUUAGAAUUCAACAACUAAAAUGGUCCUAUUGAACGCAAAGAUAACUCUCACUGAAGGAAAAGCAAAGAAUGGAUUUCUGGUAGUUCUUUUCUUUAAAAUGCAGCACACCCAGCUGCUAUUACCGGGGGACAAAAAUAUCAUGUUUAAUGGAAUUUGUAUUUUAAUGUUUGAGCUGUUCAGUGACUGAUUUGUGCAAUAAACCAUAUAUUUCUAUUUUUUAAUAAAGCUAUAAAUAUAAACAAUA